AUGAAGAGUAUGGGCCUAGGCGAUCCCCGAGCGUUCCCUUUCCUGGAGCCGCCCCCUCAGGCCAGCCUGGAGGCAGCCCUGGGCUACCUAAAGCAUCAGGGUGCCCUGGACUCAGCAGAGGCCCUGACGCCCAUUGGGACUCUCCUGGCUCAGCUGCCAGUUGAUGUGGUGAUUGGGAAGAUGCUGGUGUUGGGGACGCUCCUGGAUCUGGCUGCCCCGACGCUCACCAUUGCCGCUGUCCUCAGUGUGCCCUCUCCCUUCCUGAACAGGGCCGGUGGGCGCAGCAGCCUGGACUGCCUGGCGGCCCGGCGAAGCCUGAGGAGCCUACUGGGAGACCCCCUGACCCUUCUGAACAUCUUCAACGCCUGGGUCCAGGAGAAAGCGGCCAAUCGUCGAGGAUCCCAGCGGUGGUGCCGGCGUCGGGGCCUGGAGGAGCAUCGGCUCUACGAGGCAGCCAAUCUGCGGCGCCAAUUUCAGGAAUUGCUGCGAGACCACCAGCUGCUGGGCCCUCCUACUCAGCCUUGCACCACCUACGCCCGACAGAGGCGGCGGCGGGAACAUCAAGAGCUGCGCAGACUAAAGCGGGAGCAUGAGCAAAGGGGCGGGCGCCGGCGGAAGCUAUUGCGGCUGCAGGAGGAGGAGGAGGACCAGCAGGAAGGAGGAGGGUCCGGUUUAUCUGGGGAAGAGGAGAAGGGCAGUUCCUGCCCAGACAUCCAGGAUGUGAAUUUCCAGCUGCGGCACGAUAUGGAGGAGCUGCAAGCAGCUGCCAGUGAAGCCCAUGGGCUCUCAGCUAGCCAGCUGUCUCUGCUGCAGCUGGCGCUGGCCCAGGGCCUUUAUCCUCAACUGGCUGUCCCUGACCCCUUCAACGAGAGCCGCAAGGAUUCGGAACAGAUCUUCCACACGAGAGAGAAAGCCGGCCUUGUCCUGCACCCGACCAGUGUUUUUGCGGAUGCCCCAGAGCUGCUGCAUUCAGACUCCAAGGCUGGCAGGGACCCAGAUGCCAAGGAGAGGAUGACCAGUCCCCCCCAAAUCCUGUCCUUCGUCUCACUGCUGGAGACCCACAAGCCCUACCUGGUGAAUUGCCUCCGCCUGCCGGCACUGCAGGUGUUGCUACUUUUGGCUCACUCUCUUGACACCAACGCCCACUGCACACGCAUUGUGGCUGACUCCUGGCUUGAGCUCCAAGUCCCCGUGGCAGAGACGGCUGUGCAGAUGCUCGACACUGCCCUGCGCCUCCGGGCCUCUUGGGACAAAGUGCUGGACAGGUGUCUGGAAAGAUUGGCAGACCCGGCUGGGGGGGAGGAAGAGGCAGAGGCACCACCCAGCGUCCCAGAGGUGCGCCAACUCACACAUGAACUGUCGAGCUUCCUGAAGACAGAGGUCCAGUACAGCCUCCGACGAAUGACACCUCUGGAGCAGCAGCACCUGUAUGGAGGCCCUCAGAUGGCACCUAAGGAGGCUGAAGGGCUGCCCAGCUUCUUCCAGGGGGUGCAGCUGGUGCCCCACGAGGUGAAAGGUGGCUACAGGAUUGGCGACUUCUUGACAUUUAAUUGUCUGGCAGAUGAGGGAGAUCUGUACAGUGACUGUCUGCGCAGCUUUUGGUCUUGCCCACGAUGCGGCCUCUACAUGCCCUUCACUCCUCUGGAGCGUAUGGCCCAUGAAGAGGCCUGCCAGUCUCCUGACCCUCAGGACAGGGAGCCCGGGCCCAGAGGGGGCGCAGCAGUGGCUGCCUUUGGCCCCUCUGCCCUGCAGCAAUUCUACCACUGUGCCGUCUGCCAGGAGAGCCUGCACCUCACACCCACAGAAAUCCUGAAACAUCGGAAUCAGCAUCAGGGGUGCCUGUGAAAAGGGCCCGGGGGACCCUUGGCUGCUUCUGACAGUUGGAUCGCUCCCUGGAACUGGCUGUGGUUCGGAGGAUGAGCCCAGGGGAAGGGGAGGCUGGCUGCUCCCCAACAAACUGUUUGACACGAUCAGGGGGCAGUAUGAGUCACUAUGGGGCAUGUCUGGCGUUGCUGCAAAAACCUUGAAUUGAUGUGGGCAUAUUGUAAAUGUGAGGCAUUACUUAUUUUGUUGCGGUCAUUAACCAGGAUAUCUUUAACCAUUCUGCUAAAAUAAAA